UCUCCUUUGGCCCCUUCUACCCUCUAGUCCAGUCUGGGGAAGUAGUAGAAGCUGUUCUGCUUUCCCAGUGUUCCCAAGGGUUUGGGGUUGAUGGAAGAGGCGGACUCCUCGAUCCAUCUGGGACUGAGACGGUUGGGCUCAGAGAAAGUCGCCCAGACAGCCUCACGGCCCACCUAGGCUGCUCAGAGAUAUAAUUCAUUGUUUUGCUGAGUUUGCGUGAUACUUUCAUGCUAAGGGCUAGUGUUCACUACCCACUGGACUAGGUAGUGAGGUAGUUUUGUGUGUAUUUUGAAAAGGAAUAAAUCUACCUUGUUUUGAGUCAACAUACAGGGCUUGUUGGGUUAAUAGAUAUACAUGGGAGGUACAUGCAGUGACCAUAUGCCCUUUAUUAUAAGGAACAGUCCUUUGUUUCAGAAAGCUGUCCUUUAGGUUUAUUUAUUUUUCAAAAAUUCACUUUUGUCCUUUAUUUAACUUUUGCUGUACAAAAAAUACCACAACGCACAGUCUUUCAUGUGAAGAAUACAGAAAUUGAAUUGUCAGAGUAAAUUAAUAUUUUUAAUAGAAUAUGUUUUUGUAAAGUUUGACAGUGAAUUUUUCUUUGCAAAGCAAAUUUAUAAAUAUAAACAAUUAGUUUUAUAUCCUUAUGAACCUUUCAGAUUCCCCCCCCCUUUUUUUGGGUUUGUCUUUUUUUGAGAGGAGGGGAAUACAACGAUUGUAGGUUCACAUGCAUUUCUGUUAGAGAAAAGGUGGAGCUAAGUAAUUUCUAUACAUGAGGAAAAGAGGGGUGAUUUUAAUGAAAGAGGAUGUAAUUUGCAUUUUGAAAAUAUCUGAUGAUAGAAAACCCUACUUUCUUAGGUCCUUAUUGCUAGUGGGAAAAGAUGAUUGGUAAGAUAGGUAGACAAACUGACUUAGUAGAAAAACCCUUUCCUUUUACAUCAAAACCUUGGUUCAGCUAAUAGUGCAAAAUCUCAGGAAAAGUGGCUUGCACCCCUGUUCCCCAACACCCCUUUAAUACUGCCUCUCCCAGUAUAGCACCUUCUAGAUCGUGUACUGGGAUUCUUGCUCAAAGGAUUAAUUAUAACUUAGCAUCUUUAGUGGCACUUCGGUGUCAAAUGCUGGGAGAACUCUGCAUAUGUGGAGAGCAUGUAACAAAGGAAGUUGUAAUAAAGAUUAGAUCUAUAAUCCAGUACAUUUAAAUCAUAUGCUUCCUCAGGAUCUGCUUUAAAAAAACAACAACCAAGGAAUACUUAAAUAGAAUAGGAACUUUUAUAUGUAAACUGCUGUGGCAUGUUUUAUGGUUACUUGUUCCUACACUAGGUAGUCUACUUUGGUCUUACCUGCUAAAAUGAGCAACUAAACUAUAGUUGUAAUACAGUACAAACUUGCUAGAAAUAAGAAACUCUGCAGUUAACGUGCUUAUCUGUGAGUGUUCGUAGAAUUGUCCCCUUUUAAAAUUGGAAUUGACCUGCAUCACUUUUCACAGCUGAUUUGAUGUAUGCAGUAGUGACAGUUUCCUAUACGUAUGCAAGCUGCUGCACUGAAGUGUGAAAGGAAGAUUAAAACAUAAUCCAAGGUCAAGUACUAGGGAGAUAUUUCUGCUUUUGUUCAUGUUUCGUAUUUUAAAAUCAAACACUGGCAUAAAUAAAUGACUGCAUGAUGCAGUUUAGACUUUGCAGUGGCUUCUACAAUUAUUCAGCUUUUUGUGAAGCUUUUAACAUAAUAUUCCCUAUGUAAUUAUAGUGGCUUUUUUCACUUGUUGAGCAAUUUUGCUGAAUAAAUUAUUAAAAGUAAAGCAGUGCAGUCCUAGGCUAGAGUGAUUUGUGAUUCUGCUUUUGUGAUUGAUUGAUUGAUGGAUUUUAUUUAUCUUUAUAGAGUCUCAAAGGUGGCUUUGUAGAGUCUCAAAGUUAUUAUGAUUACUGUUUUCUCAUUUGCCUUUGUUUUUAAACAGUCUCUUGUAUCAUUACAUGUUGCCUAAAACAUUGGCCCCCAACCUUUUGGGCACCAGGGACCGGUUCCGUGGAGAGAGGUUUUUCCAUGGACCAGAGAUGGCGUGGUCUUGCAUGCCACCUGCAUCCCGCAAUGAGGCUUUGCUUGUUUGCACGGCCUGGUUGCUGGCAUGCUGCAAACCGGAGCUGGUCCACGGACUGCGGGUUGGGGACCCCUAGCCUAGAAAUGUUAUGAUGAUUUGGGCAUCUUACAAAUUUAAUAAAUAAUAAAUGAUUUUGCUGGCAUAUUAAUCCAGAAAAAGAUAUUCCUUAAAAAAAAAACACAGAAAAACAAUUCGCUUGCUUUUGUUGAUCCACAUUGUUGAAUGCCAGUAUUUUCCUUGAGAGAUUACAAAAAUGCUAUAAUUUCUAUUCAGAUCUUACAAUGUAUGAUUUGAUAAUAAGAAAAAGGUUAGAUCAGAAAUGAAUAGCCUUAUUUAUUUUGUAGCACCUUUUUUACUAUAUUGCAUACUGUAAAUCCAGCAUUAGAGCUUGUAAUAAAGACUUGGAUAAUAUGAAAUCAGGCAUAAAAUAUGAUCUGAAUUGCUUAGCACAUGAAGUGAGUCAGAGGCAGUCUAAUCCCAUGUAAUCUUUUAAAAUGUGUUUUCAAGCAGUCGUGGUUUCUUUUUGAAAAUACCAAAUUUAUUUUCAUGUUUUUCAGAUUACAUCCCAGAAACAAAAAUGUGAUAGUGCAAUGUUUUUUUCUACCAUUCCUAAAUGAAUGAUCUUCCUUGCUGAAACCUGAAAUCAGCUUUGCUUGGAUAAAGAUUAUGUCUGAUGAGGAGUAAAAUGACAAUAGAUGGUAACAGUUAAAUCCAUGCAAACAACUUAAUUAUUUGGCGGCUGGGAUUGUUUAUUCUUCUGUCAGUUCUGAAGGCUUCUGACAUUUCUUACUGACAUUCCCUAUAUGGAUGUUUACAAUGAUCUGAUGAGCGGGCUUCAAGGCCAGGAUGCCAUUAAGGAAUUGUAGAGACACACAUUGUCAAGAAGUGGUUUGCUUUGCAAUACUUUGCAGAAUUAUUACACUUCUGCUUCAGGCCCUUUUCAAUCUCCUGAUUCCUGACCAUGCCGCAGAUGCCUUCUCUCCUUCCCGCCUCUGUAAACCUGGGUUCUGGGACCAGCUGUCGGAAUGGUUCCUGGGCGGCCUCUCCCGCUGGGAUGCAGAACACUUCUUGUUCAUAGCUGAGCAUGGCUAUGUAUACGAGCACAACUGUGCUUUCUUCCCCCUUUUCCCCCUGACCCUAAAAGUGGUAGCAGGCAUGAUCUUCUGGCCCUUCCAAGGCUUUCUCUGUUUCCGGAGCUGUCUGCUCCUGUCUGCAGUUCUUCUCAACGCUGCUUUUUCUGUUUUAGCCUCUUGGACUCUGUAUGAGCUCAGCUGUGCAGUCCUACAGUGCCGAAGGAGAGCUUUUCUGUCGGCCAUCCUCUUCUGCCUCACUCCAGCAAAUGUCUUUAUGGCAGCUGCUUACUCAGAAAGCAUGUUUGCCUUCCUAGUGUUUGCUGCCUUGUGGCGGCUCGAGAAAGGGCAUUGCUGGGUUAGCCUUCUUCUCUUUUCAUUAGCCAGCGGAGUACGUUCCAAUGGGCUAAUUAAUGCAGGAUUUCUCAUUUAUUCCCAGACAAAACUCUUUGCUUGCAGAUUUCAAGCAAGCGAAAACAUGUUGCAGAAGAAAGGCCAAUUUCUAAAACUGGCUGCUGCUUUGGUGCUUAUGUCUGCCUCUGUGGCCCUACCUUUUACUUUGUUUCAGUACUAUGCCUACCUUAAGUUCUGCCAUCCCAAUAUUGGCCUGGGAUACACUAUUCCAAAGCCGUUGUUGCAGUUGGCUGAAUCCAAGGGCUAUCUUGUAGCAGCUUCAGAUGGUGGAAAGCCCCCCUGGUGCUCCUGGAACUUUCCUGUGCUCUACACCUAUAUACAAGAUACCUACUGGAAUGUCGGCUUCCUCCGAUACUUUGAACUCAAACAGAUCCCAAACUUUCUACUAGCUUCUCCUGUUAUUGUGAUGGGCUCUUGGGCAGUCUGGCAGUACGUCACUGCCAACCCCUGGCACUGUCUAACACUUGGUCUGGUGAGAAGGAAGAGUGUAGGCACGCAAGAUCAUGACUCGUAUAAGCCAGCAGAGGGUUUUUGUUCUCCUGGUGUAUUAGUCUACGUGGUCCAUGCAGCAGCUCUGUUGGUGUUUGGGACCUUUUUCAUGCACGUCCAGGUCCUUACCAGAUUUUUGGGUUCUUCUUCUCCAGUCCUUUAUUGGUUCUCUGUUCAUCUGCUCUAUGACAAUGAACCUUUACUACAGGAUAGAGGUUCUCCAUCCAAGCAUGGAGAACCCCUUGCUAAGAAGCCCUCAGUGGAUAAUUUCUUUUCUAACUGCAGUAGACAUGAAAACCCUGUGCUGAUGCUUCUGGGCAAAUGGAAGCAGGGCAGGUUCCUCACAAAAUGUAUUUUGGGAUAUGUACUUUCCUACUGGCUGCUGGGGCUGGUCCUUCACUGUAAUUUCUUUCCUUGGACAUAACCAUUUUGAAUCUAUAUAAAUAUAUGGGCUGAACAGACUGCAAAUCUUAAUAAUAAUAAUAAUAAUAAUUAUUAUUUAAAAAAAGAGAGACCGAGGGACUAAUUUUGGGUGCACAAGACCAAACCUUAAGGACAAAUGCAUAUAAAGUCAAAAUUGAGAAGACA